AUGUUAAGACACAAAAAAGCACCAAAGUAUGAAAGAAGCACUGAAGCAGAGAAGCAAGAAGCACCAAGGCCGAGAAGCAAGAAAACACCAAAGCACAGAUUUAAGAAAGUACUAAAGUACGCAAGAAUGCACCAAAGUACGCAAGAAUGCACUGAAGCAGAGAAGCAAGAAAGUACUGAAGCA